AUGAAUGCUGCCGGGGAAUGGCAAGAGACAUCUAAGGGUAUUAAAGAGGCUUUUAUUAGUUAUUUCCAGAAUAUUUUUGCUUCAGAAGGGUGUAACCAUAUGGAGCUGGUUCUGGAUGCUAUUCCUCAGAAGAUAUCAGAUGCUAUGAACAAUCGUUUAUGUCAACCGUAUGAAAGAGGUGAGAUUGAGCAGGCUUUAAAGCAGAUGGCUCCAGAUAAAGCUCCAGGAGAGGAUGGGUUCUCUGCGAGAUUUUUCCAAGAGUACUGGUCGGUGGUGGGAGAUGAUGUCAGUGACUUGUGCUUGAGAGUGUUGAAUGAAGGAGCUGAGUUGACUGGUAUUAAUCAUACUUUAAUCGCUUUAAUCCCAAAGGUUGAAAAUCCGCAACAAGUCCCUGAUUUUCGACCGAUAAGUUUGUGCAAUGUGAUUUACAAGCUAAUCUCAAAAGCCAUUGUGAAUCGCUUGAAAGGAGUACUGCCAGAUGUUAUUUCUCAAUUCCAAAGUGCCUUUGGCCCUGGUCGUUGCAUCCAUGACAAUGUGAUCACAGCUUUUGAGUUGAUUCAUUCUAUCAAAACUCGACAGACUGGUGACCAGCCGCAUUGUGUUCUUAAGUUGGAUAUUAGUAAGGCAUACGAUUGGGUGGAGUGGGUGUUUCUACAGGGAGUUUUGACCAAGUUCGGGUUUGAUGAGAAGCUGGUAGAGCUGAUAAUGCGAUGUGUUCGGUCAGUGUCCUUCAGUGUUCUUUGGAAUGGUGAAGCAGUGGGGUUGAUUAAUCCAACCAGGGGUCUAAGACAAGGCGAUCCUCUUUCGCCUUAUUUGUUCCUAAUGGUGUCAGAAGGUCUUACUGGUUUAUUACAAAAAGCUGAUCGAGAGGGAAUGAUCCAUGGGGUUAAAGCAGCUGUCGAUGCACCAAUUAUUUCUCACCUGUUAUUCGCUGAUGACAGCUUGCUUUUCGGUAGAGCUGAAAUACAUGAGGCAAUUCAUGUCAAGCAGUGUCUAUUACUUUAUGAGAGUGCUGCUGGGCAAAAAAUUAAUUUCCAAAAAUCUGCAAUUGCUUUUGGUCCGGGACUAGAUGAUCAGACAAAGCUGGAAAUAACUCAGAUGUUAGGAUUGCCAAUGGUGGACUGUCAUGAGAAGUAUUUGGGACUCCCAACCAUAGCUGGUAGAAACAAGAAAGUUGCACAAGCUAUUCCUACAUACUCUAUGUCAGUUUUCAAGCUUCCCAAGGGUGUUUGCUGUAAGUUUCAAUCCAAGGUGGCGAAGUUUUGGUGGGGCAAAAAAGGGAAUAAGAGGGGUAUUCAUUGGUGCAAAUGGGAUCUGUUAUGCCGUAAUAAGAAGGAAGGUGGACUGGGGUUCAGAGAUUUGGAGGGUUUUAACCAAGCCUUAUUAGCAAAGACAGUUUGGAGAAUUGUGUUACAUCCAGACUCGAUAAUUAACAGAGUGUUUCAUGCUAAAUAUGUACGCAACGGUGAUUGGGCAGCUACAGGAGUGGGGGUAAAGCCUUCCUUUGUCUGGCCGGGAUUGGUAUGGGGGAAAGAUCUUAUGUGUGCUGGUAUAAGGUGGAGGAUAGGUUCUGGAGACCUAGUUAAAAUUUGGGGAGAUAAAUGGCUUCCAACUCCUUGGUCCUUUAAGGUGGUAACUCCUUGCUUUAUGGAUCCAAAUGCAAGGGUCAGCCAGCUUAUGAGCCAACCAGGUAUGUGGGAUAUGAAUUUUAUCAAGCAACAUUUUCUUCCUGUUGAUGUGGAAAAAAUAUUAGCUGUUCCUUUAUGUGAUGGGAAUGGAGGGGAUGUUGCUGUAUGGCACUUUAGUGAUGAUGGACGGUUCUCUGUUAAAUCUGGAUAUUGGUUUGGGAUGGAAAUGAAGAGGUUAGAGAAGGGUUCGAGUAGUGGUAGUGGGCAUGUUAAUUCAAACUCCAUUAAUAUUUGGAGUCUCAUCUGGGACCUAUUAGUUCCCAAUAAAGUCAAGCUGUUCUUAUGGAGAGCUUGCCAUGCCUUUCUACCUUGUGUUGAGCGCUUGUUUAAGCGCAAUAUCUGUUCUCAUAGUGGCUGUGGGAGAUGUGGGGAAGGAGAGGAAACGGUGGUUCAUAGUUUGUGCUGGUGUCGUGUGGCUAAAAAAGUGUGGAAAUGUACAUACUGGAGAGGGGUGUAUAAAAGUUGGCAGAUUUCUAGCUUUGCUGAUUUAUUUGGCUUGGUAGCUAUGGAGGGGAAUAUCAAAAAUACUGAAUUGUUUGCUCUUAUUUGCUGGUGGUUAUGGAAGGACAGAAAUGAGGUCUUUCAUGGGAAAAAAGGCCUUGAGCCUAGGCAGAUUGUGGAGAAAUGCUUGGAGUGGCAACGUGAAUUUUCUGGAGUAAUGUUGAGAAGGAAAAAUCUUCAGAUGGGAGGGGGUAAUGGUGUUGAAGUGCAGCAAAGUCAUGGAGAGGUGGGGAGAAGUAGUACGCAUGAGCAGGCUGCCAAAUUGUACUUUGAUGGUGCUUGUGAUAAUAAUACAAAUAUUGUUGGUAUUGGCGCUGUAGUGUUAAGUGAUAAUGGGGAGCUGAUGGGAGCCAUUUCAGUGCCUAUGGAAGCUGUUCUCAAACCCCACAUCAUCGAAGCUUUAGCACUUUGGCAUGGGAUGAAAUUGUGUAGACAAAUGGGGGUAACAAAGUUGGCGAUUGCAGGAGAUGCGGUCAAUGUGAUCAAUGCAAUUGGUAGGAAUGUACUUGAUUUGAGCGAUAUUGGAGGAAUUAUGGAUGCAGUUCGUAGGAUGAAGGCAGAGUUUGAAUGGGUGUCCUGGAAACAUGUGCGUAAGCGCCAAAACAAGAUUGCUCACACUCUUGCUCGACAUGCUUUGAAGAUGGUCCAGUCUAUGUUUUGUUAUGAUUCAGGGCCCCCAUGGCUCCAUGAAGUUAUUGUUGCUCAUAGUAGAAGCUAG